UAUUUGUUGUGCUACACAGGAGUAGUGCAGUGAAAGCGCAUUGACUGAGCGGUGCAUUGAAUGGUUGUACUGACGGAUGCAUUGAGUGAAUGCAUUGAUUGCCUGACAUUUUGGGCACAACUCUAUGGCUAUAGUUAUCGUUGUUUUCAAUUUGAUGUGACUUUUGAUUGUCUCCCAAAACAUCAAUUGAUUGAUCACUUCAUAAACACACAAAUCGGACACAGAUUUUGAUGAUUGCGUGACACAAAUGCCAUCCAAAGCCGAAGAUAUUCUCAGCGGUUUCCGAGUAAAUUGGAUGAAUUUGAGGGAUGCGGACAACGGGCGCAUCAUUUGGGAGGAAAGCACUGAUCUAUCCAAACCGGACAAAGAACACGAAGGAUUUGAAAUGACAGCUCGAGUGCCCAAAUCCAUACUCAAAUGCAGAGCCGUUUCCCGUGAAAUCAACUUCUCUUCCGUCGAAGCGAUGGAAAAGUUUCGUUUAGAACAGAGGGUUCUCUUCAAAGGCAAAUGUCUCGAAGAGUGGUUCUUCGAGUUCGGUUAUGUGAUCCCCAACUCGACCAACACAUGGCAGUCGCUGAUAGAGGCGGCGCCCGAG